AUGGCUCGUCAUGGAAUUGUCGCUAUUCUGGCUGCGGCCGCUUUCAGUGUAGGAGUCAACGCUGGCCCAUGCAAACCGUAUUCCUCCGUAGGAUUGUCGUCAACCAUCAUCGAGACAGCCGCCUCAACGAUCACCACCGGUGUCACUGGCACAACGGAUGUGCUUGGAAGUACCGUCACAGAGACGUCUCAAGCUACUGAUAGCACUGAAGUCCUCGACACAACUGUGACCGAAACCGCUACUGGUUCAACUGAGGCCACCAUCAGCAUUGAACCGACUAUCACUACGGACGCUGCUACCACUCUUGCGACUACCACUGCCGAAGCAACUACUACCCAAGAAACUACCGCAGAAGAAACUACUACCGAAGCAACCACAACCUCAGCCGAAGCGCCUCCAGCCUGCGAGGCAACACAGAUUCUCGUCAACCCCAGCUUUGACGACAACAACGAUGCGUCCCCAUGGGACCUUGGUGCCGGUGUCACAGUCUCUCAGGUCAACCCCCGCUCUGCUCCUAACUUCUUGUACAAUACCAUGAAUUCUGGCAGAACCUCGACCACUUUCUCUCAGACUCUCCCUCCCCUGGGCAGCCUCAGCUAUCAGCUUGACUACUAUUUCAAUCUGCAAUCAGCCGUCAACAGUCAGGGUUUCUCCUGUUCAGCCGUCCCCAGUAUUAACGGUCAAGAAUUGAGCCGAAGCGAAGUCCUAACUGAUAAUGGACCCUAUGGCUUCCGACUUUCGACGCAGAGAUUCACGGGCGAUGGAAGUACUGAAAAUGCUAUACUGUCUAUCACUGUUUCUUGCGCAGGAACCUACGGCUUCGUCAUUGUCGCCGUCGAUGACGUUUCUCUCCAGCGCGUCUGCGAGACUUGA